GGACGUCGUUUAGUUCUCUGCUUCAGAUCGGGUUCAACUUCAAACCACGCCUGGGGGUGUAAAGGCUGUUUUUCAUUGGACUGGAGAAGAGGGUUUCAAGUUUCAAGGAAAAGAGAAUGUACCUAGUGUGGAGUUUUACGGAAGAAAAGUUGAGGGUGUAGGAAACAGUGUAACAAUAGUUAUAGGCCUAUGUAGUCCUACACCGAAUGUUAUUUUGUAGUUACGGUAUGUAUGCUGGGGUUUUAUGUUGCCUACUAACGUUAACUGUAACCUAGGCUACUGAUGUAGUUGCAAAUUGGUAGCCUAGGUCGAUUUCUGACACCGGUAUUUUUUAUUCUUAAACAAAAUCCGGCAACAAAUUGUUUUGAAAGAAACAAGACAAUACUAUAAAACACAAUGUCACAUUGUGACCAAAUUUUGGGAAAAGAUGUGGAUUCCUCGCCAACCGCGACCACAAACUCGAGCUCUAAAAACGGAGAUAACGGGGACGUCGUGAUCAAUGCGAGGGCAGUGUGCCGCGUUUGUAAAUGUUUAUAUCGCGAGCCUAAAAUUAUGCAGUGUUUACACACCUUCUGCGCAGACUGCGUUCGUCAACUGGAACCAUUUUCGGUGUCUUCGGGAGUGCACAAUGGUAAAGCGGUCCCUCUGGAAGGCGAGCCGCCCUCCUCUGCCGUCACCGUUCUCUGUCCGGAGUGUGACUCCGAGGUGGACAUCCCGUUGUCCGGAGUGGACGGGCUGACCACUGACCACUUGGCCCUGGACGAAGUGUUUCUGGAGACGCUGAUGAGCAAGAACUCUGUGGUAUGCGACUUGUGCAACGACGGGGACGCAGAGAAGCGUUGUGAGGUGUGCAGUGUCAACCUCUGUGAGUUUUGUAUUCAAGCACACAGGAGACAGAAGAGGACGUCGUCUCACACAGUCCAGUGUCUGGAGGACCUGAAGACCCAGGGUUGUCUCUCUCGGCCCGUCCUGUGCUCUCUCCACCCUGGCCAGGAGCUGCGUCUCUUCUGUGAGCCCUGUGACCUACCUGUCUGCCUGGAGUGUGCCGCCACCUUCCACCGCGACCACCGCUGCCUCCCCACACGUGAUGUCAUCGAUCGCCAUGGGGGCCGUAUCCGGGAUUUGGUUACCGGGCGCCUGCGGCCACGGCUGGACCAGCUGGAGGAGUCACUGCGGAAGGUGGACCUAUCCCAGGAGGCCUUGCAGACCAGGGUGGAUGCGGCGGUGGACGAGGUGCGUUCCUUCGCACGAGGCUACGCUAGCGCUGUGGAGUCGCACUGCCUGUUGCUGCUACGGCGCUUAGAGGAGCUGGGUCUGCAGCGCAGGAGUCAUCUCCAUCUGCAGAGGGCGCAGCUGCAGCAGGCUCUGUCGGACACCCGCGGGGGGGUGGAGUUUGCUGAGCGGCUGCUGACGUGCGGGUCGGAUGCAGAAAUCCUCAGUGCUAAGGACGUGACCCUCCGCAGGCUGGCUGUCUUGAUGGAGACAGGCUACAACCCCCCCCCAGAAACCGCCUGCCCCGAUGACGGGAGCAGUAUUUGCUUCCUGCCACGGGAGAGUGCAGGCGAGAUGGCGGGGUACCCGAUGGUGGGGGUGAUCCACACCAAGACCCUGGAGCUCAGCAGGUGCACCAUUGAAGGGGAAGGUCUGCAGCGUGGCAGGGAAGGCCAGAGAGGGGAGUUCACCCUGGUGUGUAGAGACUCGGCUGGGGAGCAGAUGGGUCGUGGAGGGGAAGCUGUCCUGGUCAGUAUGGUCCACAAGGAGAAGAAAGACUGCAGAGUGGAGGCGGUGGUGGUGGAUAACAGUGAUGGCUCCUAUACUGUCUCCUACACCCCCAUGGAGCCAGGGGCCUACUCUGUGUGGGUGUGUGUCAAGGCCCUACAUGUUAAGGGUUCCCCCUUUGUCCUGAAUGUGAGGAGACAGGUCCGGUGGCACCGUGGAACGUUCCACUGCUGUUCCUUCUGCUCCAGUGGGGGUUCUAAAGAGGCCCGUUGUGGCUGCAUGGGAACCAUGCCAGGAGGGUUCCAGGGCUGUGGUCACGGCCAUAAGGGUCACCCCGGUAAGCCCCACUGGUCGUGCUGUGGAAGUACGGUGGAGGCCUCAGAUUGCCUGCCACAGAGUGUCAUAACGGCAGUGGGGGGAACAAUAACAGCAGUGGGGGGGACAGGCUCGCCCCGGGGCCACCUCAGGACAGUGGAGCUCUGAGGGACAGGGCCAGGACACCUCUACCCCCACCAGACAUCAUGUGUCUACGAAUCAACCCUUUCAGAUGAUGAACGAAAUACUGAGAAAGAAGUGGGACAGUGUGGAUAAAUGUGAGAAGAAAUUAAUUAAGAAACAGUAAACUUGAAAGGCCGCAGCAUUACUUAUGAAUUUCUAUUUUCAAGCUGUAGAUUUUAUACACACUACACAAAACAAUAUUUGUUGUGAUCCGCUACUGUAGCUAACUAUUCUGUCGUUUCUAUUGUUUUGCAUGUGCAUGUUACAUCACAAGACUGACUUAGUGCAUUUCAUGUAUUUGAAAGACCAUUAUUUAUAUUGUGAAAUAAAUAACACUGGAAUAACUUAAUAUGUCGUACAAUAUUAACAACAGUUAUGAGGUUUCUAUCCUGAAUACAAAGCAUAACAUACAGUUGAAGUUGGAAUUUUACAGUUUACAUACACCUUAGCCAAAUACAUUUAAACUCAGUUUUUCACAAUUCCUGACAUUUAAUCCUAGUAAAAAUUCCCUGUCUUAGGUCAGUUAGGAUCAACACUUUAUUUUAAGAAUGUGAAAUGUCAGAAUAAUAGAAAGGAGAAUAAUUUAUUUCAGCUUUAAUUUCUUUCAUCACAUUCCCAGUGGGUCAGAAGUUUACAUACACUCAAUUAGUAUUUGGUAGCACUGCCUUUAAAUUGUUUAACUUGGGUCAAACGUUUCGGGUAGCCUUCCACAAGCUUCCCACAAUAAGUUGGGUGCUCCUGACAGAGCUGGUGUAACUGAGUCGGGUUUGUAGGCCUCCUUGCUCGCACACAUUUUUUCAGUUCUGCCCACAAAUUUUCUAUAGGAUUGAGGUCAGGGCUUUGUGAUGGCCACUCCAAUACCUUGACUUUGUUGUCCUUAAGCCAUUUUGCCACAACUUUGGAAGUAUGCUUGGGGUCAUUGUCCAUUUGGAAGACCCAUUUGCGACCAAGCUUUAACUUCCUGACUGAUGUCUUGAGAUGUUGCUUCAAUAUAUCAACCUAAUUUUAUUUCCUCAUGAUGCCAUCUAUUUUGUGCAGUGCACCAGUCCCUCCUGCUGCAAAGCACCCCCACAACAAGAUGCUGCCACCCCCGUGCUUCAUGGUUGGGAUGGUGUUCUUUGGCUUGCAAGCCACCCCAUUUUUCCUCCAAACAUAACGAUAGUCAUUAUGGCCAAACAGUUCUAUUUUUGUUUCAUCAGACCAGAGGACAUUUCUCCAAAAAGUUUGAUCUUUGUCCCCAUGUGCAGUUGCAAACCGUAGUCUGGCUUUUUUAUGGCAGUUUUGGGGCAGUGGCUUCUUCCUUGCUGAGCGGCCUUUCAGGUUAUGUCGAUAUAGGACUCGUUUUACUGUGGAUAUUGAUAUUUUUGUACCUGUUUCCUCCAGCAUCUUCACAAGGUCCAUGCUGUUCUGGGAUUGAUUCGCACUUUUUGCACCAAAGUACGUUCAUCUCUAGGAGACAGAACGCAUCUCCUUCCUGAGCGGUAUGACGUCUGCGUGGUCCCAUGGUGUUUACACUUGCUUACUAUUGUUUGUACAGAUGAACGUGGUACCUUCAAGCGUUUGGAAUUGCUCCCAAUGAUGAACCGGACUUGUGGAGGUCUACAAUUCUUUUUCUGAGGUCUUGGCUGAUUUCUUUAGAUUUGUACAUGAUGUCUAGCAAAGAGGCACUGAGUUUGAAUGUAGGCCUUGAAAUACAUCCACAGGUACAACUCCAAUUGACUUAAAUGAUGUCAAUUAGCCUAUCAGAAGCUUCUAAAGCCAUGACAUCAUUUUCAGGAAUUUUCCAAGCUGUUCAAAGGCACAGUCAACUUAGUGUAUGUAAACUUCUGACCCAUUGGAAUUGUGAUACAGUGAAUUAAUUAUAAGUUAAAUAAUCUGUCUGUAAACAAUUUUUGGAAAAAUGACUUGUGUCAUGCACAAAGUAGAUGUCCUAACCAACUUGCCAAAACUACAGUUUGUUGACAAGAAAUGUGUGGAGUGGUUGAAAAACAAGUUUUAAUGAAUCCAACCUAAGUGUAUGUAAACUUCUGACUUCAACUGUAUAUACUUCCUAAUACAUUUAGUAAUUGUUUAGAAUACACAACAGGGUGAUAUUUAGUUGUCACUGCGGUUCCUCUCUCCGCCACUGUAUGGCAGUAGUGGGCUAUUCACUCCUACUUCAGCCCAUCAUACCAUCUCAGUAUUGGAAAUAUUCCAUUAAAUACGAGCUACUUGGAGAAUCCUUAUUAGUGGGGACAGUGCCUAAUCAAGUGCAAUACCUAUUUAAUUACGCUAUAUUGGAAUUGAGUAAUAGUGCACUGGCUGUUCUCACCAGAUGUAAUGUUUAGCUGGUUGUACAGUUGUUGUUGCUGCCUACGUGGAAGCUGUACCACUGCAUGUUGGUUGAAACGCUGUUUGACUACUGGUGUUAGACUUAACAAAAUGCACUCUCACCCUCCCUGAGGGAGCUGACCCUCCUCUGUACAGUUGUUUAGUGGGGUCAGGGAGGGGUUAAAGAUCAUUAGAGAUGAUGAUGAUGAAGGGUUGGAUCAAAAACAGACCUCUGCUACCUGAUCUCUCUGAACAACUGCCCCCACCUCUUACAUAAGAACACAUACACACCAAGUGUUGAAACCACAUUACAGUGGUGUCAAGUACUGAAGUUAAAAUACUUUAAAGUUCUACGUAAGUAGUUUUUUUGGGUAUCUGUACCUAACUUUACUAUUUAUAUUUUUGACAACUUUGACUUUUACUCCACUAUAUUCCUAAAGAAAAUAAUGUAAUUUUUACUUCAUACAUUGUCCUUGACAACCAAAAGUUCUCGUUACAAUUUGAAUGCUUAGCAAGACAGGAAAAUGGUUUGAGUGUUGGAGUGUGCCCCUGGCUAUCCCUAAAUAAA